CGCGCAUGCGCCCACGUGUUCCUACUUCCCAAGAGCCUCUACUCGCAUUUGUGUGCUGAGCGAAAAUACUAUUGGGGAAGUAAACACGACAAAAAAUGGCCUUCCUGAGGAGUGGGACCUAAUCUAUACAUUUAUAGGAGAUAUGAAGACUUAAUGUAAACCAUUAGUCCUACAUUUUCUUUAUUACUUAUAUUGUAGAUGGUAUCCAGUGAGCUGUAUCUGGAAGUGGAAGACGACUACUUCGCGAAUAAUAUGAAGGAGAUGAUUGGAGGCUGCUGCGUUUGCUCUGAUGAGAGAGGCUGGGCCGAAAAUCCUCUGGUUUACUGUGACGGUCAUGGUUGUAAUGUCGCUGUUCAUCAAGCAUGCUAUGGAAUUGUGCAAGUCCCAACGGGUCCCUGGUUCUGCAGGAAGUGUGAAUCUCAGGAGAGAGCUGCCAGGGUGAGGUGUGAGCUGUGCCCCCAUAAAGAUGGAGCCCUGAAACGCACAGACAAUGGAGGCUGGGCACAUGUGGUCUGUGCUCUAUAUAUCCCAGAGGUGGAGUUCGCCAACGUCUCCACCAUGGAGCCCAUCGUUCUGCAGUCUGUCCCACACGAGCGCUACAACAAAACAUGCUACAUCUGCGAGGAGCAGGGCCGGGAAAGCAAAGCCGCCACGGGGGCCUGCAUGACCUGCAAUAAACAUGGCUGCCGGCAGGCCUUCCAUGUCACAUGCGCCCAGUUUGCUGGGCUGUUGUGUGAAGAGCAGGGCUCUGACGCUGAUAACGUGAAGUAUUGUGGCUACUGCAAAUACCACUACAGCAAACUGAGGAGGAGCAAAGGCCGAGGUAGUAGGGCUCAAAGCUUAAGCGAUUCCUCCUCUCACUCUUUGGAUAAACACCAUGACCAGGACAAGAAGAAACACAAAGAACGCGACCGCCACAAACCAAGGCACAAGAAACUUCUUGAGCUCACCCCUUCACUUGUCCCUGGCCAUCUCAUGGUGCCCACUGAGAAGAGCUACAACAGCGGCAGCAGCAGUGCGGGGUCGCUGUCGUCCAUGUCUGGACCCAUGCAGAAGCGCAUAGACGACGGCAGUGCCCGCUUCACCAACGCCAACUUCCAGGAGGUGUCCGCUCACGCGGGGGGCGGGGGUUGCAAGGAGGGCACGGUGGCAGAAAUGAAAUCGAUGGAGGGCAAGAACAAGAAGGCCAACAACCACUGCCCCGCGCAGAGAGGGCGGAAGUCGAUGACGGGGAAACCUCUAGGUGCUGUGGUCACCACUGCCACGUCCUCGACGACAUCCUGCAGCCCCUUCCAGCAAAGUCUUCUUCUGGGCGGGAGCAGCAACACCAAGACCACCUCCAGUAGUUCUGUGGUCCAGCCCGCCUCGGACUUCCCGAGCUUCUCGGAGGCGGGCUUGAGGGGAGGCGACUCCUACACCUCCACCACGUUUGGCCGCUGCCUCACCAAACCCCUGGGGGAGGGCGGCUCCUCGGAGGGCGCCUCCCUCAACACCUUCGGCUCCAUGAUCUCCCCCCCGGCCGCAUCCUCGUCCUCGUCGCUGAGCGGCAAGACCUUCGAGAGCCCGCACGCCUCGUCGGGGGAGCUGGGUGGCCUGGCAAUGGCCGGGUACAAGCGCCCCCAGCCUUCGUCGACGCCGUCCGUGUUGUCGUCCGCCACCUCCACCGGUGCGCCCGAGGACGGCGUCAAGGGGAAGAAGAAGCGCGGCAACUGGAGGAAUCGCUACGGGCCCUGCUUCACCACCACCGCCCCGGAUCCCAAGCUGACCGAGUCGCCGGAGCACGGCGCGCCCUCGGCCACGCCCGCCUCUGCUUCGCCCGCGCUCACCACCGCCAUCAUGGCGGCUCGGGGGGGCAGCAGCAGUAGCAGUAGCAGCAGCAGCGGCGGCGGCGUUGGGGAGAGCCUCGGCGUCCAGAAGUCCCCCUCUCUUCUCAGGAACGGAACUUUACAGGGCUUAGGGGUCAGCUCUGCGCCCAGUGGACCAGGUGCCUUCCCCAGCAGUGAUGUAGCAGGUCCGGUGGCUAGUGUGAUGCCCGGCUCAGAGCUACCUCAGCAGCAGCAGACCACCGCCUCUCUGCCCCCACCUGCCCCCUUCAGCACCGCGCCCGCUACUGCAACCAGCACCGCCAACACCCAUUCAAACUCGCUAGCUGGCCCCUCCUUCAACCUGGCCCCACCUCACAUGUUCGGCAACCGCCUGAACCCCAACUCCACAAUGGCAGCCCUCAUUGCUCAGUCUGAGAGCACAUCCACAGAUCCUGAUGUGGGAGACGGCAACCAUGGCUUCCCCAGAAGAGGAGCGUCACCCAAGGCAAACCUCUCCCCACGUUCUCCUCCGGCGAGUGGCCUGCACAUCCGAUAUGACCCGUUGGGAUCGGUGGGAUCGGUGGGAUCGGGCCCCGCUGACUCAGCGCUGCCCCCGGUGGCCACCAGCCUGCAGCAGCUGUUGGAGCGCCAGUGGAGUGACGGACAGCAGUUCCUGCUGCAGCACGGAGCUCAGGGAGACGUGGUGGGGAUGCUGAAGUCUCUGCACCAGCUGCAGCAGGAGAACCGGCGGCUGGAGGAGCAGAUCAAGACUCUGACCAUGAGGAAGGAGCGCCUGCAGCUGCUGAGCGCCCAGCUCUCCGUGCCUUUCACCAGCAGCAGCAGCAACCCCGCCUGCGCCGCGCCGGGAUCAUCGCCACACGCACACCCCAGCCACGCACACGCAGACAUGCUGAGUGGCAGCAGAAGCAUUCAUCUGGGAGGAGGCAUUGGAACAGACUCCACCCAACAUACUCAGGACUCUCUCCCCGGCGGCCACGGCAACAACAGCAGUAGCGGGGGCAGCACCUCCUCCCUCUCCACCCCCCCGUCGGUCUCCCACAGCCCGCCCCAGCAGCAGCAGGUCAACGGCGUGGCACUGGCAACCGGCGCGGCGCCCUCGGGCGUGAUGGCGGGCGCAGGGGUGCCCGCGGGCCUGAUGGGUGCCCUGCAGGGGGGCGGGGGAGCGCUGGCGAUGAGCGGCAUCGUGGGGGCGCUCAACGGCGUGAUCCACACCUCGCCGGCGCUUGGCCAGAACGCCAGCCCUCUCCAGCAGCACGCGGCAGCGGCGACCUCGGUGGUGACCAGCGGGGCCUUGCCCAUCAACAGCAGCAGCUCAGCCUCGGGCAAAACCAGUGCGGUGCAUCGAGGCCAGAUCACAGAGCAGCAGAGGCAGUUUCUCCUGCAGCAGCAGCAGCAGAUCCAACACCUUCUCACCACCCCACAGACCACUCAGGAGCAGCAGCAGCAUCAGCAGCAGCAGCAUCAACAGCAGCAUCAGCAUCAGCAGCAUCAACAUCAGCAUCAGCAGCAUCAGGACUUCCAGCAGCUGCAGCAGCUCUCCUCCUCGUCCCAGCUGCCCGCCGCCCAGAGCGCCAUCGCUGCCAACCCCUUCCUGGCCAUGCACUCGGACGCUGCUGCCACCACUGGCACACAGAAGAACACCAGGUUAUCAGAGAAGGCGGUGGCUGUCUCGGGCCAGGAGAAGACCUGACAGGCGUGGGCUGUGGUCUGCGUGUAGGACAGCACUUCACCUCACCAACCUCUCUCACUCUCUCUCAGGGGAACUGCCGGAUCACCACCAGAACCAGCCUGUCUCUCCUCCACCCACCCACCCA